GCCUGGAGGCUCCGGGGACGGAGGAGUCAUGCUCGUAUCGCAGAGGCGCUAGCUAGCAUGUGUCUGUAGGGUAUGUUCAUUUGAGACUUCUCCACCGGAAAUCACCUGGUAUCACUAAGUCUCCACUAAAGCCAGGGUUUGCUGCCUAAUUUCUUGCCAUGUCGAACGAAGUAGAGACGAGUACAACCAACGGUCAUCCUGACCAACAGGCUGCACCAAAAGCCCCAUCAAAGAAGGAAAAGAAGAAAGGCUCUGAAAAGACAGAUGAGUAUCUCUUGGCCAGGUUUAAAGGUGAUGGUGUGAAAUACAAGGCCAAGCUAAUUGGCAUUGAUGAUGUGCCAGAUGCAAGAGGGGAUAAAAUGAGCCAAGAUUCUAUGAUGAAACUAAAGGGAAUGGCGGCAGCUGCUCGGUCUCAAGGACAGCACAAACAAAAGCUCUGGGUCAACAUUUCGCUAUCCGGGAUAAAAUUAAUUGAUGAGAAAACUGGGGUAAUAGAACAUGAACAUCCAGUGAAUAAAAUUUCUUUCAUUGCUCGUGAUGUGACAGACAACCGGGCAUUUGGUUAUGUAUGUGGAGGAGAAGGCCAACACCAGUUUUUUGCCAUAAAAACAGGGCAGCAGGCCGAGCCAUUGGUCGUUGAUCUUAAAGAUCUCUUUCAAGUUAUCUACAAUGUAAAGAAAAAAGAAGAAGAAAAGAAAAAGACUGAAGAAGCCAACAAAGCAGUAGAGAAUGGCAGUGAGAACCUCCUGACUCUUGAUGACCAAACUACCAAAUUGAAAUUGGGUAUUGACCAGAUGGAUUUGUUUGGGGACAUGUCUACACCUCCUGACCUAAAUAGUCCAACAUCUUCAGCCAGUGACUUGCUCCCAUCAGACCUCUUUGCUCCUCCCGUCUCAGAAUCUCCAGGCCAGAUGUCACCUACAGGACAACCUGCAACCCAACAGACCAACCCUCUGGAUCUCUUCAAAACAAGUGUUUCUGUCCCAGUAGGGCCCCUUACGGGUCUAGAACCGCCAAAGCCAGCUCCAAGACAAGGUGCCCUGCCAGUUACCAAAUCUGCUGAUAAUGCAUUUGAGAACCCUUUCUCUAAAGGUUCUUUCAGUUCUUCACCACAAAUCCCUGUGGCUCCUCAACCCACAGCUCCUAAUGUAUAUAGGGAUCCUUUUGGAAAUCCAUUUGCAUAACUUCUGAACUUGGUAUGCUGACGAUCCAGAGGAACAAAAAGGUUGGCUUUUUUAGCAGUCAAGGACAAAGCUAAUAGCCAGAUGCGUCCUGACCUCUGCCCUUGUUCCAGCUUUGACAUAUUAUCUGUUGCCUUAUUUCUUGCUGCCUCUUGGACCUGUAAAAUGCCUUUCACUUCCUGUCUAGGUUAAAGCUAAACUGAGUCUGUGGCUUUAAAUAAAUUCAGAAGCUCAACUCUCUAGCUUAAAUGUAAAUGCAGUAGUUUCCAUACUUGAGC